AUGGGCAAGAAGCACAACAAACAAAGCAGCAAGCAACAGUCUACUAUAUCGAAGACCAACAAGGUCGACACAGAGGUCACCAAACCAGUCCCAUCAACCAGAAAAACUGCUGGCACACCCGUCUUCUUUNUCAAAGAUGACGAACAACCCCACGGCUUCCUCUGCCAAUGGUACCGCUGUCGCUUCACAGACCUAGCCUCAGGACUCGAGUUUACCUGUACAGAACAAUGGAUGAUGUGGAACAAAGCCCAACUCGCUGGUGACGAAGCAUCCGCCAAAGCCAUCAUGGCCACAACAUCUCCCCGCAAGCAAAAGCAACUUGGUCGUGGUGUAGAGGGGUUUGAUGUGGACGCUUGGGAUAAGAUCAAACUUGAUGUUGUGGAGAGAGGAAAUUACCUCAAAUUUACCCAAGGCACUAAUGUUGCAUCAAUGAAAAUGGGUCAGGAAGGAGAUCCGGUGUUGCUUAAGAGUCUGUUGUUGGAGACGGAAGAACGAGAGUUGGUGGAGGCAUCCAGGUUUGAUCGGGUUUGGGGUAUUGGGUUUGAUGCACAGCAAGCUCUGGCAGUUCCGAAGGAGAGAUGGGGACAGAAUCUGCUAGGGAUUGCUUUAAUGAAUGUGAGGAAGAGGAUCAGGAAGGAAGCUGAAGAUCGAGCAGAGUCGGCUGUGGACGAGGGAGAUACGAAGUCGAGCAGUGCGCAGAGUAUGCCGUCAACAUGA